UCAUUGUUUCACCAAGUUACCUACCUAUGUACACUUGAACACUUGUAGGGAAUAUUUCCUUGUAAGGAUUUUCAGCAUUUUCUGCUGCACAAGAAAAAUCACUAGAAAAAGUUAUCAAUUCUGUUUUAGCCAAGAUGCAUUCGACCAAGAUUAAGGAGGGCGAUGACAGGGAGGAGAUGGAGCUAAACCAAAUCUGGCGAGGAUGUCGUAAAAUCCAGGGUGCCAUUUUUCGUUAUAACUUGGACAUCUGUGCCGAUAUAAAGCAGCACGAUCCAUGCUGCACCGGCUUUGUGUCCGAACCAAUUUUCACGGCCGUACUGGGAAAGUAUCGCAAGGUGGCCGGCAUGUCGGAGUCCGAGCUCCGGGAUGUCACUGACUACUUUCAAAUUCGGGAUGGACGGGUGGCGUAUCGACAGUUUUGCAAGGUGGUCUGCAGCGAAACUCUGCACAAGGCCGCCAAAACGGACCUGGCCACUGGACUGGAGUGGAACGAUCCCUGGCAUGUGAAUGUCAUUCCACAUCCGGAAGAUCGUCGGCGUCUCUGCCUGAUCCUGAUGAAGAUAGCCCAGGCAACGCACAUACCAUUAAUGCCUUAUUUUCAGGACUACGAACUGAUUGCCCAAAAUGUGGGCGUGGUCACUGUGUCUCACUUCUCACGGGUAUUACACUUCAUGAAGAUACCGCUAUCGGAGCAGGACUUUCUGCUGCUCUUGAGACGCUACAUGAAGGAUGGUUACUUGGUCAACUAUGUGGCCUUUCUUAAGCACAUCGACAACAUUAUGGCUUAUUUGGGUGAUAAUCAUCUUCUGGAUAAUUCUCACGACAUUAUUAAGAACUUCCCGGGACGUCUGGUAGACUUGGAACUGUCGCAGCUGCCGCCAAUUAAUGGCUGUCAGCUCGUGCAUCCCAUCUUCCCGGAUGCCUGCAAUUACCCCAAAAAGAAUCGCAACCAAUGCGACAUCGUUUUCUGCAUUCAGAACUAUGUCUACAAGAACCAAGUGCGUACCUCGGAGUUCCUGGCGAGCUACGAUACGCUAAACUUGGGCAGCAUCACCAAGAAUCAGUUCGAGCGAGGACUGUCCAACAUGGGUGUUGGCAAGUACCUCAGCCAACGGGAAUUGGGCAUCCUUCUGGAUCGCUACACAGACCCAGUGGACAUCAAUCGAGUGCGCUGGCGUAACUUUGUGGAUGAAAUCGAUUCAGUCUUCACCAUUAAGAAUCUGGACAAAAUGCCGCAGUGUGUGGUGGAGUCACCACCGCGUCACAUCCAGGAGCUGCCGAGACCAGGUGCCGUAGACUGGCAGACUGUCCCAGCGAAUAUCCGUGAUUUGUGUGAAGAUGCCAUGGCCAAGAUACGCAUACGCAUCCGCAACCGCAGGCUCUAUCUGCAUCCUUUCUUCCGCAGCUAUGACAAGCUGAACAGCGGCCAUGUACGCUGCAACAUUGCCAAGCAAAUCUUCCGCACCAAUGGCAUCUUGCUGACUGAUCAGGAGCAGGACGCUGUCCUAAGUCGUUAUGGUAAUGAGUUGGGCUUCUGUUACACCAAGUUCCUGGACGAUGUGGAUCCCGCCGAAUAUGCCAUGCCUGCCAUGGUCACCAAACAGGAACUAGUAGAGUGCCCGCCCUUCGCGCGCGACAACUUGGACCCGGAGGAUCCCAGCGAGGAGGUUAUCGUGCGCAUCCUGACCAGUUGCAAGCGUCAAGCUCUCGUCAAGAGCGUGUCCGUCAUAGAGUUUAUGACGGACUACGAUCGCCAUCGCGAGGGCGAAAUCAUGGAAUCGGACUUUAAGCGGGCCCUAGACAAUUCCAGUGUGAUUGUCACAGAGGAGGAGGCCAAGAUCCUGUGCAACAUCUUCCGUUCUCCCCGUCGCUCCGCCUGCAUCCGCUACCGCGACUUCUGCAAGGCUCUGGAUGAAGUCUUUAUCCAGCUGGAUACAAGUAUGGGUGACGAGGUGAUCACAGCGGUGCCACUGCUCCACCUACCCAACUUGGACUGCGUCGACUGCUUCCUGAGCUUCGAUGAGCGAACUAUCUGCUCUCAGGCAUUGAUGAAGCUGGCUCGCAAACCGGACGAGAUCUCCAAUCUGAGCCAGGUAUUCAAGGACUUUGACCGCGAACAGUGCGGAUCGAUCACACAGAACCAGUUCCUGCGCGGCCUCACAGUGCGCCAGAUGCACGAAAUGUUGAGCAGCCGCGAGUUCCAGGCCAUCUGCAAGUGCUUCGGCGUGAAGAAGGGCCUGUGCAUGGAGUUCAACUAUCGUGAAUUCCUCAAGAUCCUGGACGUGCUGUUCACCACCGGCCAGAUGAAGCGUAACUAUUAAAUUCGAUUCGAUAUUUAUGCGCCGCUCUCCAAAUUCUCAGUGUGCACCACAUGUCGUAUGUCUUUCGUUGGCAAAUAAACAAGUCGUAUUUA